AUGGAAAACGAAGAAAUAGAGAAAUUAAAGGAAACAAGUGAGGCACCAGCAAGAAUGGACGGAUCUGAAAAAGGCGACGGAAUAGAGGAAAGCGAUUCAUCACGCGUGUAUUGCGAUCAUAAACCUUCGGCUCCACCACAAACGUGCAAAAAGAAAAUUUUCUAUCCUGGUCUCAAUGGUAACAAUUCAGUCUACGUCAAGUUGGUCAGUAGAGAAAAUGAUGAGUUUGUCAUUCGUCGUUCACGAGCUGAGAAGUCGAAAACCAUCCGUGACAUGCUUCAAGGACCAAAUGCUGGUACUGACAAUACCGUUUAUCUCCAUAUGGUUAGCUCGAAGUGCGUCAAAGCAUUGUGUUGUUAUCUCAAUUGGCAAUACGAGUAUCUCAAGAAGAAGGGAGAGUACGAGGCGUUUUACAUUGCACCAGAAGAUUCGAUGGACCUUUUUUUCAUGUCGGCAUACUUAGAACUUUAA